GAUCUGUGGAAAAAGAUGAAUUUGGCCGAGAUUUGUGACAAUGCAAAGAAGGGGAGAGAAUAUGCACUUCUUGGAAAUUAUGACUCUUCAAUGGUAUAUUAUCAGGGGGUAAUACAGCAAAUUCAGAGACAUUGUCAGUCAGUUAGAGACCCAGCUGUCAAAGGCAAAUGGCAACAGGUUCGACAGGAAUUGCUAGAAGAAUAUGAACAAGUCAAGAGUAUUGUCAAUACCUUAGAAAGUUUUAAGAUAGACAGGCCCCCAGAUUUUCCUGUAUCUUAUCAAGAUGAACCAUUCCGUGAUCCUGCUGUUUGGCCUCCUCCUGUUCCAGCAGAACACAGGGCUCCACCUCAGAUAAAGCGCCCAAAUCGAGAAGUGAGACCCCUGAGGAAAGAAAUGCCAGGAGUAGGGCCUCGGGGACCUGUAGGCAGAGCACAUCCUAUAUCAAAGAGCGAAAAACCCACCUCCAGUAGGGACAAGGAUUUUAGAGCAAGAGGGAGAGACGACAAGGGAAGGAAGAAUUUGUCAGAUGGUGCAGGUGAUGGGGAAAUUCAGAAGUUUGAUGGUGCUGGAUAUGAUAAAGAUCUAGUUGAAGCUCUUGAAAGGGAUAUAGUAUCCAGAAAUCCUAGCAUUCAUUGGGAUGACAUAGCAGAUUUAGAAGAAGCUAAAAAAUUGCUAAGGGAGGCUGUUGUUCUUCCAAUGUGGAUGCCUGACUUUUUCAAAGGGAUUAGACGGCCUUGGAAGGGCGUGUUGAUGGUGGGACCCCCUGGCACUGGUAAAACUAUGCUUGCUAAAGCUGUUGCCACUGAGUGUGGCACAACAUUCUUCAAUGUUUCCUCCUCUACUCUGACAUCAAAAUAUAGGGGUGAAUCUGAGAAAUUAGUCCGCCUGUUGUUUGAAAUGGCUAGAUUUUAUGCUCCUACGACAAUCUUCAUUGAUGAGAUUGAUUCCAUCUGUAGCCGAAGGGGUACUUCUGAUGAACAUGAGGCAAGUCGAAGAGUCAAGGCUGAACUGCUCAUUCAAAUGGAUGGGGUUGGAGGAGCUCUUGAAAAUGAUGACCCUUCUAAAAUGGUUAUGGUGUUGGCUGCCACAAAUUUCCCAUGGGACAUUGAUGAAGCUUUACGAAGGAGAUUAGAAAAAAGAAUCUAUAUACCUCUACCAACAGCAAAAGGCAGAGCAGAGCUACUUAAGAUCAAUCUUCGAGAAGUUGAAUUAGAUCCUGACAUUCAAUUAGAAGAGAUAGCGGAGAAGAUUGAAGGCUAUUCUGGGGCCGACAUAACUAACGUUUGCAGGGAUGCUUCUCUAAUGGCGAUGAGACGGCGCAUCCAUGGUUUAAGCCCAGAAGAGAUACGUGCCCUUUCUAAGGAAGAGCUGCAGAUGCCUGUUACAAAAGGGGAUUUUGAGUUAGCGCUGAAGAAAAUCUCUAAGUCUGUGUCUGCUGCAGACUUAGAGAAGUAUGAAAAGUGGAUGCUUGAAUUUGGGUCGGCUUAA